GAGUGUAAUUUACCCUUCUGCAAAAUGUCCAUGAAACUAAUUGUGCUUCGCUGAAGAUAUGGUUUUCUUGCAAGAAGAGAUCUUGUAGCUAGGAAGGGAGUGGUUGUGAGAGGCCAGUGGCGUCGUCGUAGUAGACUUGAUUCCUGACCAAUUCGGGUUAUAAUUCUCUCUCAUUAUCGAAGACUUCUCAGGAGGUGGAGUCUCGGCGUCUUCAAAAAAUUACUAUGUCAGCCUGAGAAGUCUUGAUCUCAGAACUUAGGCAGCUGGGUUCUUGUGAGAGAUCCAUAUUGCAUUUUAACUAGAGGGAAUGAGAGUUCCUCGAUGCCUUGAGGUUUGGAAACUGGGUACCGUCAACUACUUGGAUGCGCUUAAACUGCAGGAAAAACUUUUCUCUGAUAGGAAAACUCAUAAGAUUUCUGAUACUCUUUUGUCCCUACAACAUACACCAACGUAUACCCUUGGCAAACGGCGUACAGAUCACAAUUUAUUAGUACCUGAGUCUGAACUAAGAAAUAUGGGCGCUGAACUUCACUACACACAAAGAGGAGGAGACAUUACAUUUCAUGGUCCACAUCAAGCAAUCUUAUAUCCCAUAAUAUCUCUUCGCGAUAAUGGACUUGGUGCUCGGAAUUAUGUGGAGAAACUUGAGUUGACAAUGAUCGAAUUGGCAUCUUUAUAUGGUGUGAAAGCUUGUGCUGGUCGAACAGGUGAGACUGGAGUUUGGGUUGGAGAUCGAAAAAUUGGCGCAAUUGGGGUUCGGAUUUCAUCUGGGAUUACAUCUCAUGGAUUGGCAUUUAACAUCGAUCCUGAUUUAAGCUAUUUUAAGCAUAUCGUACCUUGUGGUAUUGCGGAUAAAGAAGUUACAUCAUUGAGAAAAGAGUCAGACAGGGCGCUUCCUGCUGAAGAAGUGAUUCAUGAGCAGCUGAUUUCUUGUUUUGCAAGAAUAUUUGGUUUUAGUGAUAUUAUUUGGAAAGAUAAUGCAUAGGUAUUCUAUGGUAACCAAGAAACUGAGUGAGGUAUUUGGGUGUGGUAUUCCAGAAAAUAAACUUUAGGAAUUCUUCAAUUUUGCAUUUUUUUUUUUUUUUUAAUUUAUAAUUUUUAUAUAUGUAUUCAUCCUUGGCUUAGGGGAAAAAAGUAUUCAUCCCUUAUUCUUCUUCUUCUUCUUCUUCUUUUUAAAAUGUAUUCAUCUUUUCUUUUAAAAUUUCAAUAUUUUUCUUCUGGUGUA